GUAAAUAAUGGGAUCAGUUCAGUAGGAUAUUGUAUAGUACUUGCAUGUGUUAUAAAUAUUUUAAAAAAUGUCUCGCAGUCCAGAAGCGACAAUGGAUCAGCCGGUUUACGCCUGCUUCUUCAGUGUGAUGGGGAUUACCGCGGCAAUUGUCUUCACGACUCUGGGAGCAGCUUAUGGAACGGCUAAGUCAUCUUUGGGCAUUGCCUCGAUGUCGAUAAAACAUCCGGAACUGAUAAUGAAAGCGAUUAUACCAGUUGUUAUGGCUGGCAUAAUUGCUAUCUAUGGUCUGGUUGUCGCUGUUCUACUGGCCGGCUCGUUGUCCCCACUGUACAGCACCUUUAGAGCCUUCCUCAAUUUGGGCGCUGGCAUUGCUGUUGGUCUCUCGGGACUGGCUUCUGGCUUUGCCAUUGGAAUUGUGGGCGACGCCGGCGUCCGUGCUGCUGCGAUGCAGCCGAAACUUUUUGUUGGCAUCGUUUUAAUUCUCAUCUUUGCCGAAGUCUUGGGUCUCUAUGGCCUAAUUGUGGCCAUCUACUUAUUUACCAAGUAACACGAACGAAGAAUUAAAGAAUAAUUUAUA